AUGGGUACAUAUUUGGGCUUUACUGUUAGGAACAAAUAUAUAGCCUAUUGUGCCAUUAGAAACACUAGUAUCAGCAAGAUAGGAAUUUUGCAGCUAAAUAGCGCAAAUAUUCACGGUGAUAUUGCCACAACCUGUCAAUUGUUAAGGGUUAAGUUGCUAGAUUCCACAGUUUUAACGGCCAUUGAAUCCAAACUUAAUAGGGCUAAUCAGUUGGAUAAAGCAAUUGAAAGAUGUAGAAUUGCUACCAUCCUAGAAUGCCAAGUCAAUCAAACCUUCAAUACCAAAACCCAACAAAUAGACCCUGUUCAAGUUAGAAAAUCUGUCUCUAAUGCCUACAAAAUUAAAAUCAUCUCCAGGGAAGAUCUGCAUAAUUUUGUUGCUAAAAAUAUACCAAGCUUUCCCAUACUAGAUAAACCCGAAUUUAACCAGGGAUUGAGCGAUGCCUGGGCCAUAUCAUACUAUUUAAGUUCGCAACAACGCAAACAACAAAUGAUGAAUGACCCUAAAACAAUUGAACGUCUGGGAAACCGAUUAGAAAAUGACCGAAUAAUAGCCACCAUCAGAAGAUCGAUUGGAUUGGAAACAGACGAACAGGUUAUAACAAAUCUCAAUCAAAUUAUCGAAUCAAGACGCCAAAAACUCUUUGAUAAGUGGCUUUCAUGA